AUAUAUAUAUACAUACACGACCAUCUGUAUUGUUUAAGUGGCUCACUCUGCAGUGUGUGUAACAACUUAACGGCGGAUCAGGAAACCGAGCAAACCCGCGAUUCUCUCCUGUUCGGUUUGCUCUGUUCCGGUGGUCUGCAUUUUCUCCUCUCUCUCUAUUUAUCUCUCCGCCGCUUAGUGCGGAUAUAUAAGGAAGAGAACCUAUUACCCGGCGGAAGCUAGGGCUUAUUUUAUAAAUUAAUUAAUGCCGAUGGAAUUUGCGUGAGAUAACCAGUCAGAGAGAGAAUGGCGGCUGCAAGGGGUUUUACGACGCCGUUUAGUGUGAAAUUGUUGAGGAAUAGCGAUUUGGCGUCAAAAAAUGGGAUGGUUUUGGAGAUUCCGAGGAAGAAGAGGCGGUUGUUGGCGGCGGCGGGUGGACUAGUCAAAUGCUGCUGUUCGGAGAUUCGAGGAGUCCGCCGGUCGAGCAAUAAUGCUGAGGACUGUGAUGAGCGACUCUUCGACCCGAAUAACCGACCCAAUUAUCGACGUCGGGUACCUAUUAUGCCCUUCGCUUCUCCACACAGAUCAAGAUUUGCUUCAAAGCAAGAGAAAUUUUCGUCUCGUUGCACUCCAAGAAAUACAGGCCCUCAGUCCCGUGAUUCUCCUCCAAAACGAGAUACUGGUAUUGCAAACGAGAAAGACUGGGGCAUCAGUUUGCAAAAUGAGAAUGUGAUUGAAUCUGGCACAAAUGAGGAUGGUAGUAGUUGGUACCGUGAAAGUGGAGAAGAUCUUGGUGAUAAUGGAUACAGGUGUAGAUGGGCUAGGAUGGGCGGUCAGAGUCCCGAUGCCACUUCCGAAUGGAAAGAAACGUGGUGGGAGAAAAGUGAUUGGACCGGAUACAAAGAGCUAGGUGUCGAAAAAUCGGGAAGAAAUGCCGAAGGGGAUUCUUGGUGGGAAACGUGGAGAGAAGUUCUUCACCAAGAUGAAUGGAGUAAUCUAGCUAGAAUAGAACGGAGUGCACAAAAACAAGCGAAAUCGGGAACAGAAAAUGCUGGGUGGUAUGAAAAUUGGUGGGAGAAAUAUGAUGCCAAAGGUUGGACUGAGAAAGGGGCACAUAAGUAUGGUAGGUUGAAUGAACAAUCAUGGUGGGAGAAGUGGGGAGAGAACUAUGAUGGAAGAGGAUCAAUUCUAAAAUGGACCGAUAAAUGGGCAGAGACGGAACUUGGAACUAAAUGGGGAGAUAAGUGGGAAGAAAAGUUUUUUGCUGGCAUUGGUUCGCGACAAGGAGAGACGUGGCAUGUAUCUCCCAGUAGUGAAAGAUGGUCGAGGACAUGGGGCGAAGAGCACUUUGGAAAUGGAAAAGUGCACAAGUAUGGCAAAAGUACCACUGGAGAAAGCUGGGAUAUUGUUGUAGAUGAAGAAACAUACUAUGAGGCCGAACCACAUUAUGGAUGGGCGGAUGUUGUUGGUGAUUCGUCUCAGCUAUUAUCGAUUGAGCCACAAGAAAGACCACCUGGUGUCUUCCCGAUUCUUGAUUUCGGAUCAUCUAUGUCUACUCCAAUAGACCCACCCGAGGAGGAGGAGCCUUCUGCUUCUUCAGAAUGACCAUAGAGUUCAUUUAAUUUAAUUUAUCUGUAAUUGUUUUAAGACUUUUGUCUGUCAGACAAUGUUCUCGUUUCUUCAUUUUAUUUAUUCUUUUUUAGUAAUUUUUUUUUUUCACAUCUU